AUGUGGCACGUUUUUGGACUAUAUUUGGUGAUUUUGCCGAUCGCGAUUGGGUUACAAUGUUACUCUGGGGUUGUGUACUUUCAGGGAACCUCUUUGGGCACCAAAAUGGAAACUUGUAAAGCUGGUGAAUCGUGCUACAAUAUGAGUGUCUCGUUGACGGAAAGGAAUAAAUUGUCGAAGCUUGGAUGCUCGAGUUUUCGGUGUUUUUUCGCGAAAAACCGAUGCAUCCUCCAGGAAUUCAUGGGGAAAUCAGUUCAACUGUGCUGUUGUGAUGGAGAUGGAUGCAAUACUGUGAACCUCUCGAAAAUCGACAAACUCAAGCACACCGUGAAAACGGUUUUGGACAUUUUCGGG